GCUCCACACUUCAACCCAUUAGGUGGCGGAAAUGCACUAAAAGCUGGGUUGAUAACCGCCAUAAAACAAGAAAAAGAAACAAAAUGACCGAGCCAAAAUCAAAAAAUAUUAGCUCAGUUCCCAUUGAUGGAUACAGCAAUGUUCGCAUUACAUCAGCUUGGACCUUUCUCCAGUCUGUUGACUGGUCUGAGCCCUGGCUGAUGGGUCUAUUGGUGCUUCAUGUCCUUUGUUUUGCUUUCACCAUCCUCUCCUGCAAGUACUAUCGCCUUCAGAUAUGCCACUUUCUAUUGAUGGUUGCUAUGGUUUACAGUGCAGAAUACCUGAACGAGCUGGCUGCAAUGAAUUGGAGGUCUUUUUCAAAGUUCCAAUACUUUGAUUCAAAAGGAAUGUUCAUAUCGCUAGUAUACUCAGUUCCACUCUUGAUCAACACUGUUAUUAUUGUGGCUGUGUGGGUAUGGAGAACCUUUUCAACCAUGACAGAACUGAAGACAUUGCAGUUAAAGAGAAAAGCUGCCAGAGAGAGCCAGAAAAAAUCCCAGUAGAAGACACACAUCUAUGUCCUAACAUUGUAGUGUCCAGUGGUGGAGGGAACAUGUGGCUGUCACUGAGUAUGGCAAAAGGACAGACACAAAUAUGAAGUGGUGGAGGGUCUUGUAUACAGUACUUAACUCUGAUUGCCCUGUUACCCUGCCAGCUAACAAACGCUCCAUGGAAGAUAAUGUCUUACCAAAGACCUAUUGGACAAAGCCACCAACUUUACUAUAAAAACUGCUUUGUGUACAUA